AUGUUAUGUCAACAACAAUCCUGGUAUUACAUGAAUUUACAAAAAUUACAGGCGGAUAACAGCAGAGCAGGAGGCGUGGGACAAGGAAGGCAAAGAAGAGGAGGAAGAGCUGGAAGAGGAGAACGAGGAGAAGGAGAUUUCAACAGGACAAUCGGCGGAGAGGCCGGAUUCCGCAACGACGGAGCAGAUCAGGUGGCGGAGGAGGUAGAAAUGGAUAUGGAGAGAGAGGAUGUGAUCGUGAACAACGACGACGAGGAACGGCAACGACAGCAACUAGAAAAUUCUCGUCAGAUGGUUCUCAAUGAGGUCGCCAAUGUCGCGGACGAGUUGGAAGAUAUGUUGCGUCGCAUCGGGGCUCCAGUGGAGGCUGAGCAGCAGCCCGUGCACAGAAACGAUCCCCAAAACGCAGGAAUCGUCCGGAACGGGGUACCGAGAGUCGCAAGAGGUUCACGGAGAGAUGGACGAGCGGUGUUGGCGAAUAGCGACAGGGCAGGAGCCGUGGGACGAAGAGGACGAAGAAGAGAAAGACUAGGUCGAGGUGGAAGAGGUGGAAGAGCUCGAAGAGCUCGAAGAGUUUGA